GCAGAAUACGCCUUGUUGUCGAUAGCUGUAACAUAGAAGCGGGCGAUUGUGGCUGGCAGGAAGUACGCGCACUUUUCGUUGUACUACUUUUGAAGAUAAUUUGGUGGACAAUUCAUCUCUUAUACAGAACGCAACCAUAGAAACCAUAUGUGCAAUGACUUGAAGACUACAAAUCUACGUAUGCGUUAAGAGCACCCUACUGGACUCUAGUUGCGGACUAUUUGCGGACUCGAAUCGAGUUGACACGCGCGCGUGAAAACAGAGCCUCCAGCGCUCUUGUAUGUGUAUCACAUACAUCUGUCGCGGCCCUGCCCAGCGGCGACUACUGGCCGCGUCAUGUGCGCGCGCGUCGGAGCGACGACGCGUGACCUCGGCCAAAGCCAAAGCGUCAGCUCCAAAGGCCUGAGCGAGCCGGAGGCCAACCGCUAUGAGUUUGUGCAGGAGCUUGACGAGGGCAGCUAUGGGUGUGUCUUCGCCUGUGUGCAGCGCCCCUCGGGCCGCCUGGUCGCGGUCAAGGUGUGCAAGCACACCGAGGAUCCCGUGGUCCGUCGGCUGUUGCUCCGGGAGGUGGGUGUGCUGCGCUCGCUGCCGCGGCACCCGUGUGUGGUGGAGCUGCUAGAUGCGUUCCGGAGCCGGUCCAGCGGGAGGCCCCACCUUGUGUUUGAGUGCAUGGAGAGGAGCGCCCAGCAGGAGCUGGAGGCCCUUGACGAGACACGUAUGUGCCCUGUGCAACUCAAGCUGGUGGCGUGGCAGGUGGUGAUGGGCCUGGCCCACUGCCACAGAAACAACGUCAUCCACCGCGAUCUCAAACCCGGCAACAUCCUACUGGCGGGCCGGGGCGCCGCCUGCAACGCCAAGCUGUGCGACUUCGGGUUCGCACGCAACAUGCUCAGCGGCCGGCCCGACAUGCAGGAGCGCCUCAGCAGCUACGUGGUCACACGGUGGUAUCGUGCCCCUGAGAUCCUGGUGGGCGACAAGUACGGUAUGGCAUCAGACGUGUGGGCCCUGGGCUGCACGCUGGCUGAGCUGGCGAACGGCGGCCUCCCGCUGCUGCCCGGCACCUCCAGCUUGGACCAGCUGGCACGCAUCAUGCGCUGCUGCGGCCCGCUGCCGCCGUGCCAGGCGCUGUGCCUGCACGCCAACCGCCGCCUCGCGCCACUGCGCAAGCCGCCGCCGCGAUCGCGCACGGUGGCGGAGCGGCUUCCGGGCGUGGACCCUGCGCUGGUGGCGCUGGUGGCGGCAUGCCUGCAGACCGACCCCGCGCUCCGGCCCACUGCGCGGCGGCUGCUUAGCCACUCCUACUUUGCAGACGUGCCACACCUGCUACGAGGCUCGCCGCUGCUGUCGGAGCUGCUGGCGGCGGCGGCAGACCUGCAGCCGGCGGCGGCGGCAACAUUGGGGUCUCAGCUCGCGGCGCCUGUGGUGGCGGCUGCCGGCAUGCAGCCAACGCCCUCGCAGCAGUUGCGGGAGCUGCAGCAGUGGGCGUCGCAGCGCCGGCUGCUGGCAGUUACGGCCACGGCGGCGGCAGAAGCUGCCGCCGCCGCCGCAUCCAUUGGGGAACCCGGUGUGGGUGCAAGCAUUGGUACAACUGGGGCGGCAUCAUUACCCUGCAGUGACGCGGUAAACGUGACUCGCUCCGCGAUGGAGAUGGCGCCGUCACUUGCGGUCGUAACCAACCCAGCAGAAGCCGGCGCCGCUGAGCGAGUGGUGCCGGCUGCCGCACAAGGUGUGAUGGCGCGCCCUCGUCCCUUCAUCGCGCAAGCCGUGUCGGGUGGCGUUGACACAAACCCCAAGGCGACUGCCACGGCAAAGCCGGUCAACGAGGCGGCUGCGACGCUAACCGCAGCUGCUCCAGCCACCGCAUCGCCCUGGGCAUCAUCUGCUACUGCUGCCGCUGCUCCUGCUGCUGCGACGGCGGCGGCGGCAGCAGCAGCCACCACUGCCGCUCGAGAUACGCCUGCCGCGGCUGCAGCAGCUGCGCGCAUCGAUGUGGCUGCCACGAACCCAUACGGUCGCGUGUCAGGCGAGCCUGCGUGGGCCGUGCCAAGCCGCAGCGAAGGCAUCAUGCGGCUGCAGCCCCAGACCUCCACCUCCGUGAACGCGGAGAGCGUGGCUGUGAACGCGCUGUCUGCACCGCUCGCCUGCCACGGUGGUGGCAGCAGCAGCGCCGAUGAGGCAGCGGACGCGGGGCCCCCGCACGUGAACAAGGCCAAGGCCGGGUUGGAGGGGGCCUUUGCGGCCCCGCCGGCAGCGGCCGCUGAGGCGGAAGCAGACGCCGGGGUUGAAACAACUGCGGCCUCCGGUGAUAAUGAGAUCGACGGGGCCAAGACUGAUGGGGCCGAGAAUAAUGCCAGCGGCACGAUGGAUGAGGAGGAUGCAGACACGCCGACGGCGGCCGCACCUGCCACUGGCCGAGCCCGCAAUGCGCUGCGCCGGCGUGCCGCCAUCACCGGCUUCCUCCUUGACCCCGUCGGCUUCGUCGGCGGCGGAGACAGUGGCAGCGGCAGCGGCAGCCGCCGCUUCGGUGGCACGAUGCCCGUCUUCGCUACCUCCUCUCGGUCCAUCGCGCCUGCAGGCGAAGCCGCUGUCGUGCACACGGGUGCCUCUGCCGCCGCGGGCCCCCUGUGUGCCGCGACGGCCACGGCCGCUGGCUCCCACGCUGGCGCCGCCGCAUCUGCUGCUGCGACUGCGAUGCCGCAGUCGGCCAUCACCUCCAGCCGUGUAGGACCUGCGGCCACAUCACCUCCUGAGGCUGCUGGCGCCGAGGACGCCGCCGCCGCCGCGGCACUGGCGACUGGCGCAACCAUCACUGCGACGCAGGAAUCGCCUGUGGUGCCCGGCGUUGGCGGAACCAUUCUGUGCUCCGCUUCUUCCGUGCUGCUGGCGCAGCUACUCAGCACCCACUCGCCACUGCCCGGGGCAGCCGCAUCAGCCACAGCGCCCGCUGCGAGUGGCACGGCCGCGGCGAUGGCGGCAGCUACGGUGGCGGCCGCAGUGGCGGCGGCGCGGGCUGGGUUCAGGGCGCCAGCUGCUGCCGCGGUGCCGAGCACCCCCGUCCUGGCACCGCUCUCAACACGGCUCCACCGCGGUCCAGGCGACGCUGCGCACGCAGAGCAAGUGGGUGGCGCACCCACCCCCGUAACGAUGGCGCCGCUGCCCCAACAAGCCUGCCCGGGGGUCGCCGUCGGCACCCAGCAUCAGGACGAGCAGCGCACGCACUUGCUCACGCAGUACCGCAGCAUGUGCAAACGCUUCGCCUCUCGCAGCCUGUGCCACGUGGACUGCCCGCCGGCGCCGGCUGACCCUGCCCAGCAGCAGGUUGCAGCCGCCGCCGCUGUACCUGCGGUCGUGUCCGGCCCCUGUGGCAGGUAUGCGGAAGCAACGAGUGCAGGUGACGCAGAGCAGUCGGUGCUUCAGGCUGCUGCGGCACUGCAUGGCGCUGCAGGCGUGCCCGCCGCAACACGGGCCGGUUACGCCGGCCGGGCUCUGAGCAGCAGCGGGGCGCCUGCAGGCGGCUCUUCAUCGACCACCUUUGGCGGCGACGGGGGCCGGCUGCAGUUGCCGCAGGACCAGCGCGCGCCGCUCACGCAGCAGCAACUGGACGUGGAAAGGCCCAGUCCCGCUGGGCUCCCAGCCGCCAUGCGGGAAGCAGUCAUGUUGCAGGAGCAGGCGCGCCGCAGGCGGCAGCAACAGCUGCAACAGCAGCAGCCGCAGAAGCCGCUUGCGAAGAAGGCACAGCACAAGCAGCAACUGCAGGAGGAGGAGGCUGCUGCGGGGCGGCCGAGCGCCAAACAGGCGGACGGCUACGGCUGGAGCUUCGUGUCGCAGCCUCAGGCGCAGGCAGUGCCGGCGGCCGCACACAAGCAGCAUUUCUUUCCCCUGCAAGACAACUCUCAAUACUACGCAGCUCUGUCCGCCGUCGCUGGCCACACGGCAGCUGUGGCAGCCAGCAGCAGCGCGGCUGCAAAGGCGGCCGCGGCUGACGCGGCUGUGACGCGGCUGCCCCACGAGCGGGCGCCCACCCCUGUUUGGCUGGAUGGCGGGUCCAUCUCAACCACCGGCGGCCGCAGCAGCUGCGGAAUCACCAACACAGGAGUCGCAGCGGCCGCCGCGGCGGCGGCGGCGGCGGCUGCAGCAGCGGCGACACCAGCACACCAUGAUGCGGGUGCGGCGACGCCGGACCCCGCGCACUCAACGCCCUUGGCGCCUUUGGCCCUUGAGGCGUUGGGUACCGAGAACGGUGGCGGCCGCGCUGUCUUCAGUGGUGAUGCUGCGAGUGGUCACGAAUGGGCAGCGGUCGGCACCUUCGCCGAUGGGCUGGCGACGCAGGCAGCUAAGCUUGAAGAUAGUGAGGGCGCAGAGCAGUACAGUGGCUCAGGGCGCCUUGCAACUGACCCUGAGGCAACUAGGGACGCACGGGACAUCCACGCCGCAAGUUCAAUGGCAUAUCAGGACAGUGCGGUGACGAUGGGGGCGACCAGCCGCGGCCAAACACAGGGCGCCGCGCGGCGCGCCAGCAUAGGCCGCCGCCGCUUCGGCAAUUUGGUGGCAGCCGUGGUGAGCGGCUGCUUUGGCGGCCGUGCAAGGUCCCACUCACCGGCAGCAGCCGGACCGGCUGCGGCCACCAGGUAGGGUCUGAGCACGAAGUUGUGCGGCUGUCAACUCCACGCCAGGACAUGAUGAACGUGACACGGUGACAUGUACAUAAUAUGAGCGCGUGACCGGGGUCCAUAUCUUGAACAGUUUUGCGGAGGCGGAGGGUACACACAAUAUCAAUGGAAAGAGAUGAUUUGAACGUCAACACCGCCACCCCUGUCUGAACGAUGAGGGGCUGUGCAACAUUCAUUUGAAGUGACUUCGGUAGGACGGGGCGGGUGUGGAUGUGUGCGGGUGUGCAUCGGCACCUGCGCCUGCCUUGUCCACUGAAUAAAUUUGAUGGUUAGUGCAGCCAAAGGCAGUAGGCCUUUCAUGCCGAGGAAAACGCCGAGAUGGCACGAAGGCAGCUAUCAGCACCUGCAGCCUAAUGCAGGGACGGAGGGAGGGGAGAUCGGCACCAACAGGCUCAUGCUUGUGAUUGUGAUCAGUGCACGCGUUUACUUAACAUGCGAGUGUGUGCAGGUGCCGUUUUGUAUUGAGGCGGCCUAAAGUCUACAUUGCCAUGUGUGCGGUGGAAUGCGUGUGGGAGCGAAUGGCACGCGCGCACACUGCUGUGUGGGCUAACUCUCGUUGUGAUGCCGUGGAUACGAAGAUCGCCGCUGAACCCAACAACAACGUUAACCUAGCCGUAUAUAUAUAAAGUAUAUGCAUCGUAUGUCAUGACGGUGUCGCAAUCAAGUUACGCUGGGGUGAGGGCCAGGGCCGGGAGGCUGAAAUAAGAUGGUGUGCGGCGGCCGCUGUGUAAGUCUGCAUGACUGCUCCGCUCACGACGAUACAUAGGCAAGGCUUAGAGGUAGGUUCGUUCUGCUCGGUGUAUGCUUUGAUGAGGCUUGGUAGUUGGGGCUCGUGAUUAGGUGGCAAGGCGAGUCGCACAUGUUCUCAAGGGCCAGUAGAGCACCGCGCUGUGUGGAGCGGGGCCUGGGUGACAGUAUGGCUCGUGUCAGGGAUGUGUGGAUUCGUAGUGCAGCUCAAACUCAAACUAACAACGAUUGUGAACCUAACGUGUGGCUUGUGGAGAUAAAUGGGCCUUGGAUGACCGCUUUCAGAGGCGUUCCAGAGGGACGCGGCAACGCGGCCACACACAUAUGCAGCAGAUGGAAGGCCGCGGACAUAUACGCAGCAUGCAUGCUCUAAUACAUACAAGGAAAAGCCCUCUGCGUUGGCUCACGCACGGCGAUGAAUGCAAGUGGUGUGACUGAGUGUGUGGAUUUCGGAGUAGUGGUAGGCACAGGAAGAUGACCACUGUCAAGGCGAGAGAAGGGCGUAGUACCCAGGUGUGGCACACGUGGAGGGAAUGCACGCAAGACCAGUGUGUGCGGGUAAAGCAUGGGAGUGAUCGAUGGCAGGCACCCUUGCGUAUGUACCCAAUACUGGGGUAGCUCAUUCCGAACACAACAUGCAACACCUGGGGGCCUGUGGCGGGCAGGGGUGACGGCCUGAGGGGUGGUGCAGUAUGCAGGAUGUGAGAUCAGCUGUACGGCCCCGGCAUUCUUUCACGCACGGCGCGGCUGUGCUGGCGCAUAUAGGCAUGGGCAGGCAGGGAUGUUUCGUUUUGUUUCUGAUUGUGAUCCUUGGAGAAAUCCACAAUGGUUCACGUGCGGUAGUCGGGUUUGCUGUAAAAGCGUGAACGGUACAUAAGGUCGCGGCGGCAAGUGCUAUGGGAUGAUGCAGCGUAUGUUGAUUGGUGCAAGUUGUCAGGGUAAGUGUCGUGGUGAUGAGCAGCUGCAAGGGCAGCAGGGAGGCGGGGGAGGUGGAGGAGGCGCAUAGAUAGCUUUGUACACGCGCCGUAAGAGUACUCAGGUCACAGGUGAGUGGAGCGGCGCUGGGCGUGGCAUGCACCCCGCCACCGACAUCAGUUGUCUAAACGUCUCAAGUGGUUACAAACGCACAGGCCACAGGGCGAAGGCGGUCCCGUCACUGGAUGGUGACCGCUCCGUGCGAUUUGGCGUGGCGCCUGACUGGACCAAAGGAUGGGGGCCUGAGAAGAUGACAAGGCGCGGUGACUGUACACGGGUCACAGGUGAAGCGGCGCUGUGCGUGGCAUGGCGUUGGCUGGCAUUGGGGCACACGAGAAACAAACUGCAUUCGGUUGUUGCCUGUAAACGACUGGGCUGCUCAUACCGUUGUUCGGGCAGACCUGGAUUGCAGUCGUUGUGACCGGUGGGUGUUUAGUACUUUGAUUUGAGGUUUGGCCAAGCCGUUGGGAUGGCGGAACAUAAUGCAUCACGUGCAUGCGCCUCAGCUGUUGGAAGGACGACAGGCCGCGUGCUCAUCAGCCGGCGCUCUGGUCAGAUGAUGGGUUCCUGGACCUGCUGACUCGGGUGAUGCACACUGUAGAGCUCGCGUGCCAUGCGUGCGGUGCUUUUAUAUGGCGCGUGGCCCUGUGGGGGCCCUGAGAGAGGCACGUCAGGGCCUGAGCCGGGGAGGAGUGUGGCCUACCCGUGCAUGUGUAAGGAAUCCGCUUC